CUGCCCAUAUGACCAUUUACUUAGGUUCUGGCAAAGUGAUUGGAACUUUCAAUUCCAAAACACCCACAGUGCGACAAGGUGGUUGAUCGGGCCAGACGCGGGUGGGAUGGCAGGCUGCAGUGGUGAGGCGAUGGCCCAAGAUCGACAGCCAGAACAGCAUCCUGCAGCACAAAGCUUUUACAUUUCCAAUAAUCGACCAAUUUAUUACUCUUGGCUUCCAAGGCUCUUCCAUGCCGUGCUGAAGCAGGCGUUCUCGGGAAGCAUACCGGCCAUCCACGUCGAACAUAGCGCUUUCGCUUUAUUUCAGACACUUGUGCCGUAUCACAUCUAGAUGAUUGUGCCUCGCCUCUUGUCUGGUUUGGUCCGGGGUACCGGGAUCAUGGGCAUACCACAAAGCAAGGACAUGCCUUGUCGAGCGAGUUCGGACCAUCGCAUUCCAGCAAGCCGUCUCGGGAGAGAUGAGAUGUUGCAUCACAAACCACAUCUGACAUUUAGGCCAGUCUUCAGAAUACCUUGCGGUGCGCCUCGGCGAUGGAUUCUGCAAAUCUCAUACUCAGAUCAUCUGCCGUGGACACAAAUGGCGCCAAUAACUGGACAGAGAUAUGGCGACAUUGACCAUCCUGUUCUGUUCUACGGCGGUCUACUGGCUCGACGGGAUGUGCGCGGUGGCUUGCCCAGUCUGGCAGGUCGGGGCCGGUUGUUUGAUACAAGCAGCAGAAAGUGCACCAACAAAUCAACCAUCGGCCGACUGGUGUCCGCUUGGUGGUCUGUCUCUCUUUCAAGGCCGACAUCAGGUACACUAUUCGUACUGUCUCUACCGAUACGUGACUCUCAAUACAAAGUACCGGCACGAGGUUCAAAGUUCAACGACGGGGCAACGCAGCGACAGAUGCCAAAGCGCCAAGACAAAUUUUCAUGCCAACGCUCGAUGGGGCUCUUUCGGAUUGCACUCGAACCUGCAUGGCUUGUGCCUUACCUUAUCUCAAGGUUGGACAAGGUCAGGGUUUGCACAGGAUAUGCCGACGCUCGCCUCAACUGAACUCCAUCGUUUGAAAUUCCACGAAUUUUUUUCUAAACUUGCAAAGUUGCAUUGGUUGUACGGAUAUUUGCGCGACGGCUAUUUACUUAUUUUUCCCGUUCCUCUACUGGCUCUGUCAUCGACAGCGGCCACACCACUAUCGCCGCACAAUACCAAAAGAGGCACCGCAGCCAAUAUGGCGACAGGGUUCCUACUCGAUGAUCAUGCAUAAUGACGAGUGACUCGAUUCCUAGUCGCAGCUCUCACGUUAGAUGGAACGCCC